AUGACGAGACCCCAGAUGAUCAGAGCCGAUACAAUUGACCUUCAGAACCGCCAGUCGCCUUCUACCCAGGACCAUGCUAGAAAACCAGGCGGCGCUUCUGCCGUUGACGGACGGAAUGGUGCGCACCAGGACCAGUCUCUCCGCAAGGUGGAACAGGAAGCCCAGGAUGAGAUGUCAAAGGGUCCCCUAGGAUCGGAUGGAAACUCGCAGGUAUACUCUCACCGGGACGGGCUUGAAGUGUACCGGGAGCACGACGAAGCAGACGGCAGCAAGCCCAAUGGCGUAGCGAAUGGUGACAUGUCCCAUGAGUCAAGGAAUGGAAGCUCGACCGAGGAGGAAAUGGAGGGUGAUGAGGACGACCAGGACCUGGACGACGACAUGAUGGACAAAAUAUCAAGCUCGCCGUCCAUCGACGAUGAGGAUAUUGAUUUCGAAUUUGUUUAUGCUUUGCAUACCUUCAUUGCCACCGUCGAAGGUCAGGCUAAUGCAACAAAGGGCGACACCAUGGUCCUCCUUGAUGACAGCAACAGCUACUGGUGGCUGGUGCGCGUCGUCAAGGAUGGGAGCAUAGGCUACCUGCCGGCUGAACAUAUCGAAACCCCAACUGAAAGGCUGGCCCGUCUUAAUAAACACCGCAACAUUGACUUAUCCGCCACCAUGCUAGGAGACAAUGCCGAAAAGUCAAAGAACCCUCUAAGAAUUGCCAUGCGCAGAAGACAUGGCAAGACUGUCACUUUCAACGAACCGCUCUGCUUCGAAGCCGAAGAGGCUCCAAUUGACUACUCGACAGGCUCAGAGGAAGAAGAGCAUUUCUUAGAAGAUGAUGAGGAAGACGAGGAAGAGGAUGAGGAAGAAGAAGAGCACGAGGUACAUGAGAAGUCUGCGCACACCAAGCAGCAACAACAGCAAGAUGCCUCGAGGAAGGAUGAAGACAUGGGAAUUGAGCCACUACGGCCCAAGCAACAGCAGAAGGAGACGGCUGCUUUGCAGGAACAUCGGUCUGAGCACAAAGAUAGUCUGGAGGAACAUAAUGACGACCUUGACAAGGACUUCCAACCCGGACGGUCCAGGAAUGGGGUCGUUCGCAAUACUGAUUCAUUCUUCAAGGACGAUACCCUCGAGACAAAGAAAAUCUCUCUUACUCCCAACCUUUUACGUGACGAUUCCCUCACUUCACAGCAACCAGACAAGGAUUCGAGAGUCCGCGGAAGCUUUGAAUCAUAUGAUAAAGUGUCACCUGGUGACAAAAACAAAGAUGACAAGAAACGCAAGGACAAGAAGCCUGGAAUGCUCAGUGGCCUAUUUAAGAGAAGGGACCGCAAAACCAAGGCCACAGAUGACGAUGACGACCAAGAAAAGAUCUCGGAGGAAUCUAUCCGAUCAAGUACUCCAACCGGUACCAUGGGUGACCACGGCAGAGAUGGAUCUAAACCAGCAGUCGCUUUGCAGAGAACUCCCAGCAAGCUUCAAAAAACGCCUCCUGGAGAGCAACAGGGCUCUGGUGCGAGGCAUGAAAAUGGACGAUCCACCUCACGACAAGAAGUUGCAGCUCCUCAAUCGCCGCCAGCAACUAAACAAACGUUUCAAUCGCAUGGCCAACAGCAACAGCAGCAACCGCACCAGCCCCAACAGCAACUCCAGCAACAUCAACAACAUCAUCAGCAACGACCCCAGCCACGAUCUUCCUCGGCGCAGGGUACACGGGUACGAUCUCCAGAGGUGCUCAGGCCACUCACCAACAAGCAAGAUAGAUCAAUGCAGGAGAGACCUGAACCAAACCUCUCCCUUGUCAAAGAACCCCGCGAUUCAUCAGAAUCCGCACCAGACGCUUCCACCCACCUACCAGCAAACCAAGCCCAGCACCAAUACUCAUCCUCCCAAACCUCAACAUACUCCACCCACUCGAACAAGAAACCAGUCAGCGUCUCUCACGCUGCUGACCCAGUGCAGCAGGACCCUGAACUUAACAAUCACUACGACGACAACUUCGAGGAUCAACACUCAUUGUCCCAUGACAAAGACCAGUAUUCAUCGAAACAAACUGGCUCACCUUCCCCAACAGCCUCCCCUGCAUUCUCCCAAGACCCCACUCUCGAAGAUGACAGAAGCCAGGAGCAAUCCGUAUCACCAUCGACAAGUAUCAUCCCUGCCUGGAACGACAGCGGGCUGCGCGCAUAUAUGGACGAUGGUAGUGAUAUCCGCGAUCUCCUAACCAUCGUACACGACAAAUCCAAUGUCCCUGCUGCCGGGCCAGACCACCCUCUCAUCGGAAGCCUCUUCCGGGAGGAAAGCAAGGCACUGAACGAUAUGUCCAGCCGCCUAGAUGAUAUGCUAAAUUCAUGGCUGAGCAAGAGCUCACUCUCUCCCUAG